AUGUUGGCUGCCUCCUAUCGUUUGGCUGUCUGUCUGCCCAACCGGUCUGGUGCCUUCGUCUCCUCUCCUCUGCCUAUGCUCUCCGCCUCGUCCCCUGCCUCUGAAGGUGGUAUUUGGCAGAAUGUCAAGCGACAACAUCAACCGUUGCUGGAGCGCUGGAGCUCUGGAGCCCCGCAUUGCAUCCUGUCUGACGGCGAGGAGGGUGGGGUGCUGAAGAGGGUGAGGAUGGUGGUCCUGGCAAUUCUGUCAUCCGACGACACCGUUUGCAGAAACGUUCACUCGGUUACAGCCAGUCUUCUCUCGGAUUGCAGAUCAGUGGUACAGCACGCGUCUCUAGCCAUUGGUCCAGAGGCAACAGGUUGUACCGUCGUCUAUUCGUCUGCCUCGGUUGUUGCGUGUCUGUUCACGUGUCUGACCAUGCCUCGAACCUUCGGCCGAGUGCGUCUUUCCAGUUCGACUCGAGCAAACGGCCAUACGAAGAGGCGGACAGAUGUGCUGCUGUAG